AUUUGUGAAUGGUCAACUUUCUGACAUUGCGCUGCGUAUAAAUAGUCGCCAAAGUUUUUGACAGUUUACUGUCUGUAAGUUUUUCUGCAUAUCGGACUUAAAAUGAAGAUUUCCAUAGCACUUUGUUUAGUAACGUUUGCAGUGUGUGUGUACAGUGAAACAUGUACUCGUCUCAGUGAUUGCCACGAGACGAAAUGUAGCUCUGAACAUGGAUGGUGGCUUCACUGUACCAAAGGCAACUGCCUGUGCACCCAUGAUACGUUCAUAGGAAAGAAUUGCACGGACGGUGCCUCCGCAACAUGUGAUGCUAUCCAUGGAUCCCGUUGCACAGACCAUAAUCUCGUUUGGCGGUGUAUUGACAGUGUUUGCCAUUGCUCGAGACCUCGUAACUAAAUUCAGAAUGGCGAAAUCAAUAACGAAAUAAAGCUAAAUCUUUUCA